AUGUCCGACGUGAAGAUUGAAGGAACAUCAAAUAUAACCGGCAAUAACUCUGACCAAAUACCCAUGGGAACAACUACGGGAAAUACUAUCGAAACAGCUUCACCUCAUACUAAUAACACAUCCACCACAUCCACCACACCCGCCUCGUCUUCCCAGGGGACUUCCGCAAAGGUCUGUCCAGUAAUGAAGCAACCGGCCAAACCAAAAGCAAAAAGACAACGUAAUAGAACUCCAAAAAGCUGCAUACAAUGCUCCAAGAGAAAGAUAUAUUGUUCAAAAGAACGACCAGCAUGCAGUAAUUGUAUCAAAUAUGCAGUGGGCCACUUGUGCUCAUACGCAUUACCACCAUGGGCCGAGGCUGCAAAUAGCUCAAAUAAAGAAGGUGAAGCUAAAGUAGUAGGAAAUAACUCUAAUUCAAGUAAUGGAGCCAAUUCUGAAACAGCUGCACCAAGAGCAUCAAUAGGUCAAACUUCACAAACGUCGCAAACAACACCAAUGGCACCAAUGGCACCAAUAGCACCAAUAGCACCAGUCAAGAUACAACAGACAGAAGAGUACAGACAACUCAAGGCUAACACUGAGAAAAUCAUCUCAUCUCAGCGAAAGGAAAUAGAUGAUUUGAAACGACAGUUAUCCGUGGUACAACAAUUAUCACCAAGAGAAGCCAUAACAAAGCAACAAUCCUUGCAUCAGAUUGGACAAGUAUCAGUCACUAUAUUGAACAAGAUCAGUCUUUUGGCAAGUACUUAUUUGGCCAACAAGAUUGAAAUCACCAACGACUAUGGCAUUAAUGUUAUUACCAACUCAACACUGACUCCCAAAUCAGUAUACGUUGACAUGUAUUCAUGGAUUAAUUUGAUAAAAUUGGAUCCACAAUUGACAACACUUUGGUAUCGAAUAACCAACUUGCAAAAGAUGUACCAUGUGUAUAAGAUGAAUAUGCUCAAAAGUGGACAACAAGGGCAACAACUUCAAAUACAGCAACUGGAACUGGAACUGCAACUGCAACUGCAACUGCAACUGGAGCUACAGCUGGGACAGCUGACACCUUUGCAACAACCAAAUCCAGUACAUCCAUUACAUUCACCGCAUCCUCCACAGUCACAUCUGCAUCUGCUAACAUCACCAUCCUUGCUAACACCAGUCAUGAAGGAGGAUUCAGUAUUUCAGAAAAAGCAAAGGCUUGCUGGUAACACUAAAAAAUCUAAUUACAAAAUCAAUGAAGUCGACUUUACGUAUUCCCUCCAGCCGCUGACCUCAAACUUGAGUGACGGCGUUUCGCCUAGAGGAGUUGGAACUCCAGGCUCGGCUGCAAGUGAUGACAUUCACAAGUGUCCUGUAGUUGAAUGCGAUUUCAAUUUCAUGUCCGAAGAACAACCAACAUUAACACCAAGCCCAUACAAAACAACACCAAAAUCGGACCCUUCUCCUCAACCAAUUCACAAGAACGAAACGCUCGACAAUAGUAACAAGUUUUACAGAAUUAAAAAGCCAAUUAAUUUGCAUGGUAAACUACUUACUUUGUGGGAAUCUUUGCUCACAUUACCUAGAGGAGACACCAAAUUGGAUAUCCAACAAAUCCAUUUCUUACUUGAUUACUACUACAAGAGUAAUUUUGAAAGCAAGGCCAUAUUAUCGUUUUAUAGAUUUGAUGUGCAAUCAGUAUUCAAAAAGUCUUUUAAUGAUGAAGUUGUUUUUAACUUGCCGCAAGGCGUUGAGGAGGACAUAAACUACCAACUCAAGUCCAUGGGAGUAUAUCUCUGCAUGCUUGUGUUGAUCAUUGAAGAAACAUUAAAUGAUCUACGGCUUUCGGUAAAAUAUGGUACCGAUAAGGAGUUAUGCUUACAAUUUGAGGAUGUGUUCCCCAACGAAAUUCCUUUACUUGGACUAGGUGUUAAGCAAAAUCAUUUACUAUAUAUGGUGCAGGAUUUUGUCUCUUCUUAUGACACAGAAAACAAAAAGAGUUUGUCAUAUUGUGCUUUGAUCUUGAGUUUGCUUAGCCGAGAAAUUGAUGAUUACAAAAUGCCCGGUUCAAGCAUCUCGGAUACAAAAAGUUCAUUCACCUCGCUCUUUACUGAUUUUCUACAUGUAUUACUAGAUGGUUCGUUAGAGUUAUGGAAAGAUCCUGAAUUGGUGGAACUAAAGUCACAGUAUAAGAAACGUAAGAAGGAUCUCAAGAUUCAUUUUUGUCGGUUGUGGGUCAAUAUUGUAAGAUUGAGCAAUUUGGUAACGUUAAAUUUUGUUCCUUUAAUCAAACAUUCUGAAUAUUUGGAUAAUUUACUCAAACGAAUUUUUCAGAAAAUUGAACAAGUUGACCUGUUACAAUAUCAUCUAAAAUAUUUGAGUAGUAAAACAAAUGAAGGCGAGCUAAUAGUUACACUCCAUGUUCACUAUUUGAUAGCAAGUGUCUCGUGUACAUUGUGUCGCGGAAUCAUGAAUUUGGGUUCGAGCAGGUUAACAGUGUACCAAUUGGAAAGCUUAAUAGAGCAAUGUCAAACAUGGAAACAGGACCUUGGCGUUGAUAGACUAAGUAAUGAACUGCGCAAAUUUGAGCUUGAGAUUAUUCUUGAAUACUUGCGAUAUUUCAUGACAUAUAUACUAAUGCUCCAGGGAGAAGAGAACUCAGAUACUGCAAUUAUGCAAAAUAUCUCGCCAGAUAUUUUGACUCGAUUGAUGCAAUUGCUUCAAAGAUUAAAUAAGAUGAGCAACACGGAUAAUGAUGAUGAUAAUCAUCAUCAUCAUCACCAUCAUUAUCCUCAAUAUUAUCGUUCACAGUAUGUGUAUUCAGUCAUGACCGAAGCAUUGACGAGGCUGAUCCAUUUUGUAGUUGGACUAAUGUUGAGAUUUCAGCAUAAUGGAUCCUCAUCGCACCAGGAAACUACUAAUUUAAUAUCGCAAACUUGUGAGAGUGUUAAAACUAAUGAUCUUGGUCUCAUUACCUCCACGGCAUUCAUUAGCAAAUUAUCAGAUGAAGUGGAUUGUGCAAUAGGUUUUCUUAGCAAGGCAUUAUUGCAUCAAGAAAGGGUUACAAAACUUUCCAAAUUGUGGAAAUUAUAUUUGAUGUUGAUUAAGAAUGAAAACUAUGCAAGAUUGCAUGCUGGAUUACCUGAGUUUUCUGGCAAUAAUAGCAAUGCCAAUGGGAUGCAAGCAGUGUGUCCAGUAAUUGGCCAUGGAAGUGGACAUUCAAGCGGAAAUGGGGACGAGUCUGGUGGGGUAAUAAAAACAAAAUUACCCUCAACUAGGCAACUUGGUUCUUCUCUGGUUGAGUCUGCAAGUAGAUGUCCAGUUGUUGGUCAUGGUGCAGAAAACUCGCCUCUUGGUGCAAGCAUGCAAAUUCCCUUUUCUUCCCAAAGAGGUGGCGUAGGAAGUGGUGUUGGUAGCGGUGCGGGCAUUAAUGGUGAGGUGAAGAAGGAGGUUUCAAAAUGCCCAAUAUCGCAGAUCACUACACCAACAAAUGAUGACGAAGUACCAUCGGAUCCGACAAAGAUGUCUAGUUUUGCCGGUCCAUCUUUGUCCCUGCAAAUGAAAGUUGAUCCUUACAGUCCUUCUGGUCUUAAUAGUAGUGCACAUGCUACCACCAAUGGAAUCGCUGCAGGCAGUGCUGGAGGUGUGGGAGGAGGUAAUAGCAAAAAGAGGAAAUGUCCCUUUGAUCAUUCGGCAAUGAUGAGACCUAAUUUGUAUCCCAACCAUAUUGAAUCGAGUAUUCGUGGCACAGCCGGCUCCACACUGCUGAGUUCCGUUUCUAUAACAAACAAUUCAAACUUUAAUGAGCACAAGACUUAUAGUCCGAGCCCAUUGAGCAUGUCUUAUACAACACCUGCUGCAUUCCCACAGCAAGUAACACAACAUAUCACUCCAGUUCAGCAGAAGCAACAAGCAAAUUUGCAACAACAACAACCUCACCCACAACAACAGCAACAACAGCAGCAAUUUGUUGCAGCCCCUACAGCUCAUGCUUCUACUAUUGAUAGAAAUUCAUUCAACAAUUUUGUAUCUGGGCCUGGCUCGGUUGUUGGUGCUCCAAUGACAAAUAUACCGAGUAUGGACUCAGGUUUGGACAUGCUCAAUCAAUUCAAUGACUUUGAUUUUGAUUUUUUAAACAACGAAAAUUUGUUUGAACACUUCGGCGGAUUAGGCGGUAUGGAUUUUAGUACUGGAAAUGGCGCUGUUGCGAAUGCGAGCUUGAAUAACGGAAAUCUGAAUGCUACAAACAUGGACGAUGGAACUAACUUUGGAAACUCAAGUGGCAAUAUAGAAGGGUUUUUCCAAUAA